AAUAGCACCUCGUUGGGUUGCCAUUCUUGGCGACUCCAUGGCCCCAGAUAUGAUGCAUUCCUUGCAUGCGUCGCAAAGCAGCAUGAGCAGCGUCUUGGACUUGGCACCGUUAUCGCCCAAGACCUUGGGCGAAACCGAGAAGCUGCCCAUGAACUAUGAGGGAUCCUACAAGCCAGCACGGGUGGGCCUUCAGCGUGCCCUUCAAUCUGGACAGAUGAGGAAUCCGUUGCAAAUGCGUCAAUCGCACAGCGGUUGGUCCAUGCGACGUCCCUUGAGUGCCAACUCAACUCCAAGCGGGCCCCGUCUCAGCCGGGCCGUAGGCACUGGGAACUCGUCGCCGCGGCAGCCCUUGAGCAGUCGCUUACGACCCCAGGAGAUCACGGAUAAGGUCGCGGCCAGCACCAGCACUGCGGCAACUGGAGCAGGUGUGGCAUAUCGCCCACCCGGCAUGCUGCAACCGCAGCGGAUCGAGCUCCCAGGCUACUUGAACACUCCUGCAAGGCGACCGGAUGGAGAACCUCUGUCCCCAGAAGAGAGAAGCACUUCCAUACGGAAGAUCAAAGAUUUAGAAAUGCUGACUUUUGCUUGCCGUCGUGCUUCCAAGUUGCGCGAGGAAGGCCGAGCGCACUUCUCCUUGGGCGUUCUGCGAGAUAAUCUGGGACAAUAUUUGAAGGCCAUCGAGGCCUACACCCAGUUCCUGAGAGUUUGCAAGGAAUGCAAUGAUAGCCAGGGUGCGGCCUUGGGAUAUCACUGCAUUGCGGUAGAUUACCAGCUGCAGGGCAGUGGGGUGACCAAAGAAGCGGAAGACAAGCAGAAAAGUGGUGCCACAGAGAUCUUGGGGUCACCCUCCGAGAAGACGAUCAAGCCUGAGCUGCUCAGAAAGGCAAUCUACUACCACAACAGGCACCGUGAGAAUGCUGACAGCAUCGGAAAGUUCGUGGCACACCUCAAUAUGGGGUUGGCCUAUGCACAGCUGGGGGAACGUGAAGCUUCCACAGUGAAUCAUCAAUAUGCCUUGAGAUACGCCUUGCAGCUGCAUAGCUUGGAGGGUCAGAGUUUAGCCAUUGGAAGCCUGAGCUUCAGCGCAGGGAUGUAUGAUCAGGAGCCGGACAAGAUGAAGAUCUUGGUGGAGCGCUACGUGGACCUCUGUGGUGUCUUGAAACAGACCCGCAACCAAGCUGUGGCCCUGAAGAAACUGGGCAUUUUGGCGAGUCAGCAGGGUCAAAAUGAACAGAGCAUCGAAUACUUCCAGCAGGCCAUCGAGUGUGCCAGAGCACAAGGUGAUCACGAGGCCGAGAAGGACUGUGCUGUGCGCCUUGGCAUUGCUGCCGGCCAGGCGAAAAUGGCUGAGCAUCUCAGCACCAUCCUGCAGCGCUCGGUCAUUGGACCCGAUUGAACGGCCCAACCCCCCGCCCUGGCUGACCCCUCCAAAGGUGGGAACCAGCCUGGUGUAGGUUACACGAAGGUCGUUGUCAGUUUGCAGUCCUUGAAUUGCGCUGAAGUUGGAACUUG